AUGUGUCAAAAGCGUGCGCCCCUGUCCUAGUUUUAGGAGCAACAGGUUUGGUUAGCUCGUUAAGUUGUCCAUCAGUUGAGCAUUUGCGAUAUUAUAUCAGUAAUUGGUCAUCUGAAUACAUUUGAUAUUUCACUACAAGACGGAAACAACAAACAUGUAGCUAACAAUGCUGAAUACAUCUCUGGGCUUCGUUUAUAUUUUGUUAGCUAGCUAGCUAGCAGGCUAAUUGAGUGUUUACAGUAUUUCCCUGAAGAUUAAGCAACAGAAACAAAACAACUUUGCUGAAUAUACCCGCAUCGGCCACUUUAUCUGGUACGUAACACAGACAUCACGAUGUCUUGCACAUUAGAAAGGAUGUUGUCCGACGCUCGGACUUUGCUGGAGAGACUGAAAGAUCAUGACACGGCAGCCGAGGGCUUGAUCGAACAGUCCAACCUUCUUAGCCAGAGGGUUCAUGGCAUGAAGGAGGUUGGAAACGCUCUCCCUGAUAAGUACACGGAGGAAAGCCCGGGCUAUCAGGAGGUUUCUAAAUAUAAACCCCACGUUCUACUGACCCAAGAGAACACUCAAAUCAAGGAACUUCAACAAGAGAACAGAGAACUAUGCGUUUCUUUAGAGGAACACCAGUAUGCUCUGGAGCUGAUUAUGGGUCGAUAUCGCAAACAAAUGCUUCACCUGAUGAUGCGGAAGAAGGAGCUAGACACCAAGCCUGUGCUCACCUUGCAUGAGGACCAAUCCAAGGAGGUACAGAGCCAGCUGGAGCGAAUUUGUGAGAUGGGACAGGUGAUGCGUCGGGCAGUGUGUGUGGAUGACCAACACUAUUGUUCUGUUAAAGAGAGACUGGCUCAGCUUGAGAUUGAAAACAAGGAGCUGCAUUCUCUUUUGACCAUCAGUAAGAAUUCACUGAAACUACAAAAAGAAGAGGCCAGCCAACCAGACACAGAGCAUAAGACUAAUGCCUCUGACAGGGAGUGAUGAUGGCCAGUGACAUCAAUUGUCAUUCUUUGUGGCUAUGGUUCAGUGCAAAUUCUGUUGUACCAUCUCAGGUCAAGUGUUAACCAACAUCUAAGUUAUGGUGACUAAGUCAUAGUAUUGCUGAUCCAUCCCAGUUCAACCUGUUGUUCAUUGUUGCACUAUUCUGCAGUAUAGAAAUAGAGGUGGAUUUAUCUGUUCUCAGGAAGUACAGUUUAAGUAGUAGGCAUUUAAAGUAGAUGACUCAUGGCAAACUAAAGUACUUAAUAUUUAAAAUUUACAGUGUUUUAAAAAAUGUUUAGAUCUGCAGAAAAUGUUGAUAUAUAUAUAAAAUACACACACACACGGAAACACUGGUGAUGAUGCUGAGUAAAAAUAAUGUCGAUGUUACUUUCUUGUUAGUGAAUUUUUUAUAAAGAUUAUAAACUGAAAAUACAGAUGAAUCUCCAUACUCAUUGGCUGUGACAGCUGUAACCCCAAUGUUUUCAUAACCAUGAAGUGAAAUCUACAUUAUACUCAUUUAAGAAAUGUCCAGAAGGUAGACAAUGUGAGAGAAGCCACUAUAUAAGGAGAUACAGAUUGGUGAAUGGUGAAUCACUCUCUAAAAUACUUUUUAGUCAAGGAUUAAUCUGGUUGUGGGCAAUGGGCCCACAGUCGUUAGUGGUUGAUGGCAGGCUUGAUAUGUAUAACCGCACUGGCCAAAUUUAACAAAUUGUACAGUACUGUUAAUACUGACCAUGAUAAAGUCACUGUAAUAUCGUUUA